UAACACAACGUAUUCUAGGGCCUUGAUCACAACACAUUUACUGUUGGGUUAGGUUGUUGCUUUAAAAUAAUAUAUUCUUUUGAUAAAUUGUCAGUACGUGUCUGCCUGGUUACUUUCACGCCUUUUCCUUGGAAGAUCAACCGUGCUAAGACUGAAAUAUCAAGAUGACUGAAAGAGGCGAGCUGCGGCGCGCGGCGGUCGGCGUUCUCCUGACGCUGUUUGUCGCGUCGGCGCCGACGACCGUCGUCGGUGCGCCGGAUUCGCCGCUGGCUCUUCCGUGCGCCGAACAACUCUGCCCGGGAAACGCCACGUGCAUCGUCAGAGUCGACUCGGGCCAGCCCGACUGCAUAGGGCGCACCAAGCCAGGUGGCUGCCCGGUAACAGAGACGGGCGAAUGCUCUGAGCUCCGGCUGCUCUGUGAAGGAGACGAUGACUGUCCCGGAGACAAGGUCUGCUGUCAGGUCAACUGCGAGAGGACCUGCAUCUCACCAGAGGAGCGGGUGGAGAAGCGGGGCCUGUGUCCGGCGCGGCUCUCGUUCGGCCCCUGUGUUACCGUGUGCUCCCAAGACGGGGAGUGUCCCGGGGACAGCAAGUGCUGCGACACCGGCUGUGGCGCCGUCUGCUCCUCUCCCUACGUGGCCAAGCCCGGGUCGUGCCCCGCUCCUCAGCUGCGGGGCGCCAGCUGCGCCGUCCAGUGCUCGCUCGAUCACGACUGCCCCUCCGACCAGAAGUGCUGCUCGAACGGCUGUGGCCGCACGUGCAGCGCGCCCUCAGACGAAGCCCUCUGUCCCAACGGCACCAGCUUCUACAACAAGUGUAACAGGUGCACCUGUAUUGACGGCAAGGUGGAGUGCGAGACCAACAUCUGCGCAAAAGAGAAGUCUGGCUCCUGUCCGAACAAGGCGUUCCUUGCCAAGCUGAGGAGCAGAGGCUGCGGGAACAAGUGUUAUGGAGACGACGACUGUCCGAGCGACAGCAAGUGCUGCGAGGCGGACGGCUGUGGACCGAUUUGCACCCCGCCAGCGGAGGAGAAGCCGGGCCUAUGUCCAGCCGCUGAGGGCCAGGAUCGGUGCGGCGACUUCUGCGACACCGACUCUGACUGUCCACAGAGCUCCAAGUGCUGUCUCACCGGCUGUGGACGCACCUGCAAGCCGCCAGAUGAGCCCGGUUUCUGCCCAGCCGAAACGGCUUCCCCUAACUGCUUGUUCCGUAAGAAUGAGUGUUCGUCGAACUUCGACUGCGGAAAAGGACAGGUGUGCUGCGACACAUCGUGCGGCAAAAAGUGCUCCAAGAAAGUGUCGGAGAAGCCUGGUCUGUGUCCCAACCCGGACAAGCUGACUCUCGAGCAGGGAGUCUUCUGCAAGAGCGACCACCACUGCCCCCGCGACCUCAAAUGCUGCGGAAACAAACGAGGCGACGUAGGGUGCACGCAGCCCACUCAAUACAAGACCACUUGUCGGAAUGUGCAGUGCACAAAGCCGGGAUAUUACUGCGUGGAUAUGGAGGAAGGACCCGAAUGUGUCAACAAGCCUAUGUCGACGUGCGCCGACAUCAAGUGUGAGGAGAACUCGUCGUGUCUGCAGCGACACGACAAGGCCGUCUGUGUCCCACACACCAAGGUUGGCCAGUGUCCGCUGGCGGCCACCCCGCUGCGACCCUGUAAGAAGUCCCGCAUUCUCUGUCAGAAGGAUGAGGACUGUGAAGGAGGCAACAUCUGCUGUACCGCUGGGUGCAGCCGGAAGUGCGUCAAACCACUGAAGACGGACUGUGCUUCUAUGGGCAACAAACUGUGUGAGACGGCUGGUUAUAUCUGUCAGGACACCCCCAAUGGAGCUGUGUGUGUCGAAGACAUGUACGACUGCACGAACCGCCAGUGUCCGGUGGGAUACAUCUGUGACGACCAGUUCACAACCGGGGCCAGGUGCAUCAAAGCCCGGGAAACGUGUGCGGAUAAAAUCUGCGCGCCCGGUGAGGAGUGCUACGAGGAGGAAGAUGGAGCCAUCUGCAUUCAGAAUUACAUUGCUGAAGGAUCAAUAAAUAGAGAGACAAAGGCAGGUCGGUGUCCUGCCAUCCGCCCCGGCUCGUACCGCGGCGACUGUCAGGACGAAUGUCGCUACGACUCCGAGUGUCCACGCCAGCAGAGAUGCUGCAACAACGGCUGUGCCUCCGUCUGCCUGGAUCCCGACUUCAGGCGCACGUGCGACCAGCUCACCUGUCCGCCGGGACAUGUGUGUGUGGAUGGGGACAGCAGCCAAGAUGCCGUCUGUGUUGAUACCGCUCCGAAGGAGACCGGUCGCUGUCCGUCACCCUCCCUGUGGGACGCUCGGACCCGCUCCUGUGAGGAGCAGUGUCAGUACGACUCACAGUGCAGCGGGGACCAGCGCUGCUGCAGUAACGGCUGUGCUCUGGUCUGCACUGCCCCCGACACGAGGAAACUCUGUGAUGAGAUCAGCUGCGAGCCGGGCACGGCCUGUGUGGAGAGUCCCACGGAGGAUGCCCAGUGCUUCAGGACAGAUGAAAAGUUUGGCCUGUGUCCGAAGCUGCCAGCCACUGGCUCCCUGGGCGGCGGCUGUCAGGACACCUGUCGCUAUGACGCCCAGUGCGCCGACAACACCAAAUGCUGCAACAACGGCUGUGCAAGCGUCUGUCUGGCGCCGAGAAAGCCCGACUGCGAGACCACCCAGUGCAGGGUGGGAUUCCGGUGCAUGCAGCGGAGGAACGGAGCUCCCUACUGCGCAGCCAUUCCCUGCAAGCAAGACGGCGAGAUAAUCGAUAUUGAGUGUAAUAGCUGCACCUGUAUCCAGGGCUACUUGCUCUGCUCGCAGGAGGAGUGUCCUCCAGUGAAGCCCGGUUAUUGCCCGCGACUCACCCGCGGUUACCGGGGCAGAUGUGUCGAGGAGUGUACCAGCGACUAUGACUGCUCAGAGGACGGAAAGUGCUGCAGCACAGGAUGUGGUCACACCUGUCAGAAACCAGUAUCGGAGAUCGUCCACCCGUGUCGCACAGUGCGGUUCCGGUGCGGCGACCAGACGCGCUGUGCGGCCACGCGAGGUCUCUGUAAGCCCGGUCAGACGUGUCCGCUGCAGCCACUGUGCGUGAGCCGCUCGGCGCCCUUCUGUGAGAGCUGUCCGCCGGGCAAGGUGUGCGUCCUACAGAAGCGGCCGUGUCCCAGCGGCCACUGCCACCGACAGCCCAUCUGCAUCCAGCUCUACAGUGACGAUACAAUCUUCAUGGAGGACGAGAAAUUGGAGCUGGCAGUGAUAGCUAAGCAAAACCCAAAGAAGUUCUUUUAAACAUGAAUCGUGGAAGCGUAAUGUGUUAGUAGCGUAAGACAUGUGUUCGCGUACCUAUAUUUAUUAGUCCGACAUUGCACCCUACCUUGAACUUAUUUGUAUGUUUCUGUGAAUUGUCAUAUGCAUGUAUUUCGCUUGUGCUUGGCUUUCGAGACUUUCAGUUCGCACCGGCACCUUUGGCGUUUUACUUCCCACCUGUCUUUUUAUUAGCCAUUGGAUUGUCGGGCAUUUCCGUGGGUGUUUUAUGGAAUAUGAAUGCUUGAAUAUUGAACGGGACAAGUGGUAAGCACACAUGACUUCUGUGAUGUAACCGAGAUUUGUGUGCGAGGAAGAGAGGCUCGUGGAAUGCUGCAUGUGUGAGUUGUCAUACGCUAGACGAAGUUACCAGCCAUUGUCACUGUAGGUAGUUGCUUUGUGGUGAUAGCGUUGAAUCAGAACGUGUGCCGUUUUUAAAACCGAUAUACGUAUGCCAACUUGUCACUGGAUGCAUAGAUACUAUGAAGGUAUGGGUGUCGUAUGUCUCAACUGCUGGUUGCCUUGAAGGCUUGAUGAAACUUUUAAUUGUAUAAUUGAAAUUACAUCGAUGCAUAGAAUUGUGUUGAUUUUGUGAGGAUGACUUCCACUGUCGUUCUCAUUUUUUUAAAUAUCUCCCGUCGUUCGGGACACCAUGCCAUCAUGCUCACACCGACUCAGCGUCCCUCCCCUCCCCCUCCCUCCCUCCUCCCCUCCCUGCUGUCACUCAAACGGGCGCAAAGGGCGUCAGAAAUUCACCGUCCGUAACCUUUACGUUACCGAUCAAUACACUGUUACACGUCACCAGC